AUGGCAGCAGAUGUGCAAGCAAAGUUGACCUACCUCCAAUGGCAGCCCAGCUAUGCUCAUAUUCGCCCCUAUCGAAUCGGUCAAUUCGUCACUCGACGGCGGCGGCAAAAGGAACGUGAUAAAACGACUAACUUAGUCUUCCACGAGGCAGAUCACGCCGAAACCAUAAGAGACAUUCGGGGAUUGGCGCAAGAUUCAUUUCAUCUUGACAUCAAUGGUUUUGUCUAUCUACAAUGCCCCCCACCGGCUCUGACGAAGCCUUGGGAUUAUUCGGAUUCCCUCAAAGUUCGAAGUCUUUUUCUGCCCGAAUGCGAGGCCAUUCUAAAAAGGGAGGUUCAGGGAGCUGAUGAGGUGAUGAUUUUCGAUUGGAAAAUCAGAAAGAAGAAAAGCGCGAAGGAGCGACGGACGAGGAACCCUAAUUUGCAGAGUUUCGCCAAGCAGGUUCAUAUCGACACGCUUCUUACGCGGGACAAGAUUGGAACCCCGAUGAUGGAACGGAUCCGAAAUCAUCUUCCUGAAGAAUCACACCAUCUUCUUGCUGGACGGGUUCGAUUGAUCAACCUGUGGCGACCAAUCAGUGGACCGAUCCACGACCACCCGCUUGCUGUGUGUGAUGGGCGUACCCUAGAUCCAUCGAAGGUAAUUGAAACGGAUAUGAUACUGGGAAAUUACAAUGGCACUCUGCUCUAUCCACAGUAUGAUCCAAGUGGAUCCUCUCAAUGGUAUUUUAUGAGUGGACAGGAUGUCGAGGAUGUGCUGCUUUUCAAGGGGUUUGACUCUAACGAGAAUAGCGUGAAGUAUGCCCCUCAUACAUCAUUUGUUCCCGGAAAUGCCCCAGAGACAUCGUGUCCUAGGGUCAGCGUCGAGGUGAGAGCAUUGGUCUUUUCGCACCCGGAGCAAUAA